AUUUCGUCAGGGAAAAUGUGGUUUUCGCGCCAAAAUUUGAACAUAUUUCCCACCCCAUUUUUCUCAGAACGCUCCCUAGCGUCGAUUCGGCAAACGACGGCGUUUCCGGUUAAUGGUGGCUUCGGAAGCAUUGUUGUCACAUUUUGCUGCGGUGUUUCCAAACAAGCAGAGGCCAAAUUUCCAAACAUUCAUGUUUUUCAACACCGGAUUUGCAUUUUCAUACGGAAAUGUGAGCUGAUUCGGCUGCAAAGAUGGUCUGAAAGGAUGCGUUGGAGCAAAAAAACUGAAGUAAUAAGCAGUCCACAACACCGUUCAGCCGUGCAGACUUCUGCAGCCGCAAUGGAAAACUUGGCAAUGACCAGUGCUGAGGCACGGAAAUUGGACCUCGGUCUGGUUGUGGAAAAAGACUCCUUGAAGUCGGUCGACGAGGCUGGACAUGAAGAGACGCACACCCUGAUGAUGGGCCAGCAGUACAUUCUCGAACGGCCUGAAUCUGAAGGAGGACCACAGGUGGUGAAAUUAAACGCCAACGGACAACUGGUGUCUUGUGAAAUGCUGCCGCACGUAGGACAGCUGGACGCCGACCACCAGAGUUUGGUGCUGCAUGUAGUGCCUCAGGGUGGAUUGAAGGAGGCUUACAACCUUCAGCAUUUGCGAGGCGGCCUUCUUCAGGAUGAAAGAUAUAUUGAAGCCCUUCCCGCAGGCCACUAUGAACAGGAGUUGCUUAGUGCUGCUGACAUAACAGAGGAGGAUCGUCGAAUAGCACAAACCCUGAUGGCGGUGCAAUUUGGCCAGCAGCCAAAGCACAAAAUGACUUUAGAGCCAUUGGUGCCCACCACGUCUGCAGAGGCAAAUGUGAUCAUGAGUGUUGCGGACAGCAUGAUUGUGGACGCAACAGCCGACCACUUAGGCAAGGUUGAUCACACACAGAUGGUGGUCGAGUAUAUUCACCAAGUCGAUGGAUCUCAAUACGAACCUAAAGGGGUUCGAUUAAUGCAACAUGAGCAAGAAAUGGUGGAAUUGACGCCUGCCAGAGUGGACGACCUGCACCAGACACAGCAUUUGAAAUCCAUAAACCACGGGCCUAUUAUUUUGCGCCGCACCCUCACAGCCCCGAGCAAUGAAAUCAGAAGAGAGAUUUUACAGCACCCUGUGCAGCAUCAACAAGUGCAGGCAAUGAAUCCAAUCAAGAAUGAAGAGGAGGAAGAGUUUGAGAGCGGCGAAGAUCCUGCAGACUCUGAUUACGAGGCUGGCAAGGAAUCGAGAUCAUCGAGAAGAAGUCUUCCGCACAAAAAGCGCAUCCCGAGAAAAUUGAAAAAUGUCAAGUCCACCGAGAAAGUACUCAAGUGUCCAAAGUGCAGUGAGACUUUUCACUCACAAGCUGAACUGACCGCUCACAAGCAAACCCACAACAAAAAGCAACAGCAACAACAACAGCAGCAGCAAUUGCCUUCUUACAACUGCGAGCUCUGCAACAAGGGUUUCCCCACACAAAUUAAAUUCUUCGAGCACCUCAAGGCACAUUAUGAACCAAUAAAAAAGAUUGAAAUGCAAGAAGAAAUUUCUGAACUGCCUCCAGUUCUGGAGGUUCAUGAGGAUACCGCCUCGGACACUAAACUGGUGCACACGUCAGUCAUUGUGCAGGAUCUACCACCGGCGCUGCCUCCCCCACUUCCCUGCAACCAGUGCAAUAAGGUUUUCAGGCGGCAGAAGGCGCUUGAUACACACAUAGCCACUGCUCACGCACAGCCUAAUACAGAUCAUGUGGUGCUGAAUGAAACUGUUUAUAUUGGAGAAGGUUUGGUGCCGGUGCCAGUUGAAGAGGUGGAGAAAAAGGACUGGGCGUCAAGUGCAGAACUGACGCCCAUGGCAGCAGCCAUCCCUGAAGAACAGGUGGCCGACCUGCGUGAAAACACGGUCAUUGUGCCAGUGGGUCCGGCUGAUGACGACGAAGACGAUCAGAUGAUGACUUCCAUACAUGAGUACUCAGCAGACGAUCUACCCAAUUCAGGUGCCUUCCAUCUCUGUGACCACUGCGGCACUGGCUUCCAACUCAAGACUCAACUUCUGGCGCACAUCCGAGAAGCACACUCGGAGCCGAAGAGGAAAAUGCGCAACAAGAAAGACGAAUCUGGCCCGGCAAACGCGGCGGCCGCUGUGACCAAAAAGAAUGAACAACUAACUUGCCCUCACUGCGGACGCGUCUUCAACCACCGAAACUCCUUAGUUUACCAUUUGAGAAGUCAUACGGGCGAGAGGCCACACCAGUGUGAGGUGUGUGGCAAAAGCUUUUUUGCAGCGAGUGCGCUCAAAGUGCACAUGCGACUGCAUUCAGGUGACAAACCGUACAAAUGCGAGUUGUGCGGACGUCACUUCAGGCAGUGGGGUGACCUCAAGUACCACUGCAUUUCAAUCCACACGGAGGAAAAGCAGUAUCAAUGCGAGUACUGCGGCAAGGACUUUGCACGCAAGUACAGCCUCAUUGUGCACCGGCGCAUCCACACUGGCGAGAAGAAUUACAAGUGUGAGUUUUGCACAAAAACCUUCCGCGCCUCGAGCUACCUGCAAAACCAUCGGAGAAUCCACACAGGUGAGAAGCCACACCCUUGUGAGAUUUGCGGAAAGCCAUUCCGAGUGCGUUCGGACAUGAAGCGGCACAUGAACACACACAAGAGGGAGCGGAGUGAGAGCAAUGCCGCCUCCGUGGCCACCCCUUCUGUGGUGAACCAUAGUGACGGCCACUCCUCUCAAGAGGGUACCACAGACAUUGGUGUCGCCCAUUCGGAAAUGUCUGCUGGCGACGAAGUGACCCUCCCCGAAGGUACUGUCGUGAUCACAGAGGAAAGUCUUAGCCAGCCGAUCAACCUCAACAUGUCAAUUCCUGUGACAGAACACGCGGCAGCUGACGACGCUGCUGAUCAGGCCAUGGCUGGUGAUGAGGCCCAGUUUGCCCGAGACCCACUUGAAACGGUGCGUGCCGAUAAUGCUGGCAACACUCUCUAUGUCUGGCCCAUUUACAUGGGCUGACACAUUUCCUCCCACAAGUGCGUUGCCUUUCGAAAUAGUUUUUAAGGAACAUAAAACAUUUUUUGCCUUCAGGUGGUUUUAAAUUUAAAUGACUUGAAGUCCUUCGUUAUCAAACGAAAUCGAACAAAUUGCUUUAAAUUUUGGUUGUAACUUCGUGGUGAAGCAUUUUUUUUAUAUAUAAAUUGUUGCAAAUGUUUUAAUUACUUGGCUGAUCCUGUGCAGAAUCAGAUCUGAACCAAUAAAUCACUUUUUAAAUUCUAGUGUGAAACUAAAUUUGAUGUAAAUCAGUUGGCCAGUGUCAAGUUGAUCAAACUUGGUUUUUAUUUGCUUUUGUGCCUAAUAUAUUCAAUAAUUCCAGGAUAAUGCUAAUUAUUCAAAUCCCUUUAGAAUUCAUGCAUUUUGCACUGGCUAUCUGAUUAUGUAAACAAAUCUACAACCAUGAACUUAAAAUUUUUGUUUUAUGCCAUGAGUUUAGUAUUACUAUUAUUUUUGUAAUGAGUCUCCCUCCGCUGGGUUGCAAAAUAUCAUUUGAUGAAGAACUUUUAUUGCAUAAUUGAACCAUGUAAAGAUUUAUAGAUAUUAUGUAUUUUUAAAAGAGCUAACCCUUUAAAACAAUCAUCCACAUUCAUUCCAAAUUAAAUCAUAUAAUAUUUUUAUAAUGAAAAUCAAAGACUGAUAUUGGUAGUUGAGUCCUUGUAGGACUCCCCAUGGUAAGCAGUCGGAAAGAAUGGACAGAUUAUAAUUAUAUAGAAAAAUCAUCAUACGAGUUAAGGUUAAUUGUUUGUAAAAAAAAAUUGUAACUCAAACAACAAUAAAACAGAAAUCACCUAUGAAAUUUA